AUGAAGGAAUUAUUGUCCAAACUUUCAGAGUCAGCCAAGCAAGCCAACUCAAAGUUCAGAAAAGUCAAAGAACAAAUCACUGAGAUCAACGACACACAAGUUGCAUUGGACCAAGAACAGGAGACAAGAUUACAAAGUCCUGAGACACAGCUGCAGAAAUUAUCAACGGAACAAAACAGAACGAAGGCAGAGAUGGAAUCUCAGACAGAACUGACAGAGAAACAGCUGCAGAAGUUAUCUACGGCACAAGACAGAAUGAAAGAAGAGAUGGAAUCCCAGGCCGAACUGACAGAGAAACAGCUGCAGAAGUUAUCUACGGCACAAGACAGAAUGAAAGAAGAGAUGGAAUCCCAGACAGAACUGACAGAGAAACUGGUUUACGUACCUGAUCAGCUAAAGUCUGUGAAAGAAAAGCUCGAUGUAUUCGAUGCUAGAAUUGGUAGAAUCAUGGAUGACUGCAGCAACAAGCAUCAGGAUAUAGAACAUGUAACACGUGACCUGGCAGACAAGGUCAUGGCUAACACAGAAUCUCUCAAAGUCAUAUCUGCAGAUCAAGAUCAGAGAACGACAUUGUUGAGAGAACUGGAGACAAGAAUACAGACAUUGGAAGCAGACAGUGGGAGAAAUGUGGAAGAUGUCCGGAAACAGGUUAAGAAAGGGGAGACAAAUUUCCAGAUCAUGUGUCAGAUGUUAAACGAUCGAGUGACUCCACUAGAACAACUUAGAACUUGUCUCAAUGACAAAACCAGCACGCGAGAUGAGAAUAUCAAGCAGCUGACGCAGGUAAUCCAGGAGGUAGCAGUUAUGUCCCCGAGAAUACAACAAUUAGAUCGAUCCACUUGCUUUCUUGUGAAGUCGGUGGUAAUGUUUACUGUACAGCCAAGCGCAGUAACAUAG